AUGGCUGACGACAAUGGCCCCCCCAUGACCAUCACCAUGGUGGUCUGCACCGUGGUGUCCUUCAUCUUCAUGUCCUUGCGUUUCUACUGCAAGCAGUCGAUGAGCACAAAAGUCGGCCUCGACGAUGCCAUCCUCGCUUUGUCAUGGGCGCUCUUCCUCGUCUUCGUCAUCAUCUCCAUCCAGACGACCCAUUGGGGUCUGGGCAAGCACCUCGCCGACGCCGACCUGACCCAGCUGCCCAAGCUGAUGUACUACUUGCCCAUCGGCCAAUUCUUCGCCGUCAUCGCCAUCGCCGUCUCCAAGUCAUCCUUCAUCAUCACCCUGCUCCGGCUUGUCACCAAGCCAUGGCAGAAGGCGGCCCUCUGGUUCAUGUUGGUCACCAUCAACGGGUCCAUGGGUGCCAUCUCCAUCGUGCAGUUCUUCCAGUGCGGCGUCCCGCCGACGGAGGGUUGUGUUGACGGCAAUGUGGUCAUCGGCCUCGGCGUGUUUGCUGCCGGCUACUCGGCCGCUAUGGAUUUGGUCCUCACUGCCUUCCCCAGCUUGGUCAUUUGGAACUUGCAGAUGAAGAAGCGUGAGAAGAUGGGUAUUAUUGCGUCCAUGAGUCUUGGUGUGGUUGCUGGUGUGGUCGGUAUCUACAAGUCUUCGACCAUUCCUGCCGUCUCGCGUAGCGCCGACUUCACUCACGGGACCGCCGUGGUGCUGAUCUGGCUGGUGGCUGAAUUCGUGGCCACGGUGAUCGCGUGCUCGAUCCCCUUCUUCAGGCCGCUAGUGCGCCGCAUGUCGUCGACGAACAAGCGCAGCAAGGGUUCGUCCUAUGGGAUGGGCGGCAUGGGCAAGAGCGGUCACAGCAAGCUGAGCAGCCGCACCGACAUCAAGGCGGCCAGCUCGGAUGAGAGCAGCGACAAGGACGAGCAGCCGCUGAACACGGGUGUCGUGCACCGCACUGACGUCUUUACCGUCGAAUAUGACAACUGGUCCGCCAACGAGGGUGGUAACGGGCACUCCGGACCAGGACAGGCCCGUCGUGAGAUGUGUUGA